GGUAGUAUUGACAGUGCCAGGGCACACGGUGGGUAGUGGUAGUAUUGACAGUGCCAGGGCACACUGUGGGUAGUGGUAGUAUUGACAGUGCCAGGGCCCACGGUGGGUAGUGGUAGCAUUGACAGUGCCAGGGCCCACGGUGCGGUAGUGGUAGUAUUGACAGUGCCAGGGCACACGGUGGGUAGUGGUAGUAUUGACAGUGCCAGGGCCCACGGUUGGUAGUGGUAGUAUUGACAGUGCCAGGGCCCACGGUGGGUAGUGGUAGCAUUGACAGUGCCAGGGCCCACGGUGCGGUAGUGGUAGCAUUGACAGUGCCAGGGCACACGGUGGGUAGUGGUAGUAUUGACAGUGCCAGGGCACACGGUGGGUAGUGGUAGUAUUGACAGUGCCAGGGCACACGGUGGGUAGUGGUAGCAUUGACUGGCUAAUUGCAGACAGAAGGCAGAGGACUUUGUAGCAAUCUGGGGAUGACACCACUGUUCUCCUCAAUCAGACAGUGUUCAGCGAGGUGUGUGCUGCAGUCCGGUUACCCUCAGUAAGUUAUACGCUCUCUGGGCCGGGCCCUCGCCGCUGCUGCAUUAGGAGCCGCCAAUCAGAACCAACAACCAACUCCACACGGACCGCAGCAGCUGAACUGAGCUCACUGACGGAGCGGGCGGUGAACACGAGACUCAACACAGGGACUGAACAUAGUGACUGGAAGCAGCCGUGUGCAGCAGAGAGAGACAUUGUGAUCCUGUAUAAACAUACAGAGAGAGGACAUACAUACACGCUACAUCUCUACAGUGGGACGAAUAGAGAGAGAGAUGUAGCCUAUAGAGUAAUGCUAUACGUGUGAUCCUGUAGGGUGUUUAUAUCACACAGGGAGACUGUAGUCGUUUGUAAAGCAGUUACCAUCACAGUUGGAGACGGUGAUGUGUGAUAUCGAACCGUGGGAGACAAUUUAGCUGAUGACAUGUUUGUGUUGUCAAAAGUAUCAUGUGUGGGGAUGGAGCCCCGAGUUGAGAGAUAUGGGUACAGAAACAGUAUAAUGACUUGUUUCAGAUGGUUUACUCCGAUGUGUCUGUCUGGCUGAUGUAGAGUAAAGAUAUUGGUUUGCUUGGUGUUGGGAUUCUGGUCUGUGGUUUGCCAUUUGAGUGGUUCUAGCCUGUUGGUUUGUAUCAUUGCUUUGCUCCAUUGAUUUGAUGUUUAGUUAUGUAGUCCUACACAGCAGAGCAGCUCGGUUGGCAGACAGUCAUUUGGCUAAUUGUGUGCUGAUAGUUCGUAGCAACGUUGUAAGACAUUCCAGAUCGACGCUGUGGUGAUGUUAGAUCGGUGGUGUUUUAUCAAAACACUGCAGCUCUGAAGAAUCGUGCGUGUUGUGUCCUGGUAAAACCCCAGCUUUGUUGUGUGUCACUGCAGCCCUAGUUCUGCUCUGCUCUGCUCUGCUCUGCUCUGCUCUGCUCUGCUCUGCUGGUGUUACGACGGCUGUGUUCCUGUGUCACAGAGGAAGCAUUGAUCAGACAGCUACUGAGGCUCAAUACACAAUGAGGCCUGGCCCGAGAUCUCUCCUCCUCCCCAACCCCCUCUCCCUCUCCCUGCGUGCCCUGCUCCUGCUCUGCCUUGCGCCGUGUUGCCAGGCGGUGCAGGCUGAGAAUGUGACAGUGUUGGAGGGAGGCACGGCCCAGAUCUCCUGUCGUCUGCAGAACUAUGACGGCUCCAUUGUGGUUAUCCAGAACCCUCGCAGACAGACCCUCUUCUUCAACGGCACACGAGCGUUGAAGGACGACCGUUUCCAGAUGGUUCUCUUCACUCCCCGCCUGGUGCGCAUCACCCUCACCAACGUGAGCGUGUCGGACGAGGGCGGCUACUUCUGCCAGCUCUACACCGACGACACCCACCACCAAGUGGCCACUCUGUCCGUGUCCGUCCCUCCCGACACCCCCGCGGUGGAGGUGAGGCAGGAGGCCGUGGAGGGGGGCGAGGUGGAGCUCACCUGCCUGUCGCCGCGCAGCAAGCCCCCCGCCACGCUGCGCUGGAUCAGGGACCGCCGGGAGAUACCAGGUGUGGUGUCCCAGCAGGAAAAUGGGAAGACAGUGAGUGUGUCCAGCACCAUCCGUCUCCCUGUGGAGAGAAAAGACAACGGGGCAGCGGUCAGCUGUGAGGCAUCCCACCCCGCCCUGGGGGGGCAGAAGAGGGUCCGCCACUACCGCCUCGACGUCCACUUUGCCCCCACAGUGAGGAUCAUCCCUCCCCCUGGCAUACUCCGAGAGGGAGACUCUCUCAGCCUCACCUGCUCCAUCACUGGCAACCCACUGCCUAGGGAUGUCCAGUGGACUAGGAUUAAUGACACCUUACCUGAGAGGGCGGAGAUCUCUGGCCCCACCCUGCAGGUGGCCCGUCUCAGCCAAUCACACAACGGGACCUACCUGUGUCAGGCGCAGAACAACUACGGCCGUGCCGCUGACCACUACACGCUGCUGGUGUACGAGAAUGUGUCUGUCACUACCAUGGUCCUUCCCACCUCCCAUCACGCCACCUCCCAGCCAAUCACCCUCCUCAUAACCCCCAGCUACGCACCGGACCCCCGAGACCCCGGUGCAGUGAUUGAGACCCACAGUGCAGUACCGUAUGCUGUGAUAGGGGGCGUCCUGGCUCUGCUGGUCUUCACCAUCAUCUGUGUUCUCAUCAUCACCAUCUGGUGCUCUGUCCGACAGAAAGGUUCAUAUCUUACCCAUGAGGCCAGUGGGUUGGACGAGCAUGGGGAGGUCCAGGAGGCUUUCCUCAAUGGGAAUGAUGCCAGUCAGGGCAAGAAGGAGUACCUACUGUAGCCUCCAUCCCCAAAACCCACACCCCUCCCCCAACACGCCAUGACGGGUGGCCUUCUGAAUCGACUGUAAUACUACUACUGCACACAGACCACAUUACAGACCACAACAUAAACCACAACACAGACCACAACAGAGACCGAAAGAGAGAUCUGUCCUUACAUUACAACUGUGCCAUACUGUAGGUGUACUGGAGGAAGGAGCGAGGGAGGAUGGCAGAGAUAGUCCAGCCUUACAUUACAACUGUGCCAUACUGUAGGUGUACUGGAGGAAGGAGCGAGGGAGGAUGGCAGAGAUUGGGGAAAGUGAUAAUAGGGUCAUUAUUUUGAUAGAGAGAAGAGAUAACAAGAAAGAAAGCCUCAGCACUUUCCUUCCCUGUGGUAAUUGGAGAGGGAGAAAGAGAGAGGAAAAAGAGAGAAAAAAUGUGGUGGGGUCGGUAUGAUUUCCAGAAGCUAUUGAGUUUGAAUGUUAAAUUUGAUUACUUGAAAUUGCCAAAGCACAUCAGCCAACAGAGUGCAACUCAUCUAUAAUUAUUUGACAACAUUGCAGAGUGUUACCCUGAAAGUCUCAUAAAGUAUAUCUGAACUGUUCAGUCAAUUCUGCAGACGCUCCAGGUAUUGUAUUUGUCGUCCGUUCUGGGGAGUCUGCCAAUGUUUUCUGGGUAAUUUAGAAACCUUCCUGUUGUGAAUGACUGCUUUCCUCACAGAACAGAACUGUUGUUUCUCUUCUUUGAAUUGUCCCUCCUCCCUCCCUCCCUCC